AUGCGGUUGAUUGAAGUUAAAGAAAGACCCAGAGUUUUCGAGGAACAGGCAAGAAUUCAAUCAUCGGAGAGCGAUGCACGUGAAGAAGAGGUUCUGGCGUGAAAACACGAUGUAAGUUUUUAAAUAGACUUACUAUUGACUAGUGUAUUUUGUUAUACUAUAACUGUAAGCUUAAAUGGGCGUGCUUUCUCGUUUUUAUUUUUUAUUUCUACUCAAGCUUAAUAUACAUCUACCUUGCCUGCGAGAGCAUCCGGUUUAUUAGAGGCAACGAACGCAAAUACCGUAUUUAUUCGAUUAACCGCCCAGGGCCCAGUUGCUCGAAGCAUGGUUAGCGUUAACCAGCGUUAAAUACCUUGACAACAUAUUGGUUUUGAUACUGCUUAAACAAUGGAUAAAACUAACCAUGCUCUGAGCAACUCAGCCCCUGGGCGCUUAUUAAAUUUUUGGAUCUUGAGAGUGGGCGCCUAUUCGAGGUGGGCGCUUAUUCGAGGCUGGGCGCUUAUUAAAUUUUCACCAUUUUCAGCAAGUGAACUACGCUUAUUUUGCAACAAAACAAUAAAUGCUAAUAACAAAAUGCGAAGAAGUAACAAAGCAAGGUUUCUGUAAAAUACUCUGAAAAAAACUCUGUCCUCGGGGAAGUCUCUUAUUAGAAUUUAUUGACUCAAGACCCGUUGACCUUGUCUGUGACGUAAUUGGAAAAUUGAUAAUUUAGGCGUCUCCGAUAUCACUGGAAGUGAAACGGGUCUCCAAUAAUUAUUGUCUUAUUUAUUUAACUCAAAAUUACAUCAAGCGUUCCCUUACCCGCCCAAAUGACUUUCGAAAACUUUGUGUUCCUUUGGACUCUAGAAUUUCGCCUAGUGUCUCCGCGCCGUCGAAAUCGCCUCUCCAUGCGAUGGAUCAAGCAAGGACUUUCUGUUUUGAUGUGAUAAUUUCUGCGACAAUCUUUGCCAGACGAAAAUCUGCAGGCGGUAACAGGAUUGGCUUAAACCAACAAAGGAAAUUGCACGCGUCCAGCCGCUCUUUCGGGGGAUGAGUGUGGGCUCAUUUUCCCGAACAGCGGCUGGUAAUCGAGCCUACGGUUCGCAGGCUUCAGCUGUAACAUAUACUGAGCACUCUAAAUGCGAGAUUUCUUAUUUUAAGGAAAAAACAAAUCAAAGAAAAAGAUUUUGUUCUUGCAAAUUCAAACUGCCUGUUUAUUGUCCUAUGAUUUGUUUUAAAUUUUCUUGUAAAAUAAGAAAACUUUUUAAUAAAAAUGAGAGAUUCGGAGCAAUCUUGAACUUACAUAUAGAGUGAAAUCCUUUGACUUGACUUGACUUCAAGUUUCCUGAUGAAAGUAUACCGCAGGGAAGCCAAGUUCGGUGUAUAAAUAAUAAUAAUAACUAGGAUAUGUUUGUUAGGCAUACAGGUAGCAGUUGAGGGGGAGGGUUGGAUGGUUAUUGCGAUAGAUUAAUUUGAUCCUGGCAUAUUUUAAACGUAAGGAUUGCUUACAGCGAAACCUCCAUUUAAACUGUGUAUCAUCAUGAAAAAGUCUUAAAGGCUAGUGAUAUCGUAUGGUUCGUCUCAACAAGUGCAGUAAUUUGGUCGAGUGUGUUGAUUUCAGUGACUUACACAACUUGGUAGAAUUACUUUGUGGCACAACGGCUGCCGAAACUUUUGGAAGAUGAACACUUUGAAAGAUUUAGCAAACACAGAUCGAUAGUUGACUUUCAGCAAACUCUUGAAAUAUGUACGCUUUACGAAGGUUCAGCAAACUUUUAAAAGAUGAACGCUUUACGAACACAGAAUGGCAGACCUCAGCAAAAGUUUGGAAGAUGAACGCCGAGGACACACAUAUCAGCAUGUGAGUUAACGCAUCAAAGUGAGGCAAAAUGUAAGCAAGCACCCCAAAGUGAGGCAAAUGUGUAUUGAUACAAAUAUGCAAUCUAAAAAACCUCAUUAAUGUCUCUGCUCCUUUAUGAUGCAUGUUAAAGGCGAAGUGACUUACUUAUAAAACCAAUAAUGACAACUUGGCGAUAAUGGGGGAGCACUGCCUUACGCUAGGUUAGCCUGUGCGACUUCCCGCAAUGGCGUGAGCAAAGAACCUCACUUAUCUCCCCAGCACUACGAGCUGAAUGCAAGACAGCAUGUACUGGAUCGGACAAUAGUAUCGGUUUGCAGGCGACAUUAAACGGCAAUGCAGCCAACAAGCUUGGGGGAAGUCGCUGCGCAGACUUAACCGCACUGCAAGGAGUGUCCCUAGUUUAUUUGAUGGCAUAGCACAAAACAAAGCCCAAACCUCGUCUCCAAAGGGAGGGAGGGAGGGAAAAAUUUUACAUGAAUAGUAUACUGAGCGCUUAAACCUUCAUGAACACUGGAACCCAAGUGAACUCUGAACAGUCUUUCUAGGCUUUUAUAGCUAGACGAAUGUCUGCUGGCAUAGCCAGUAGAAAAGGCUGUACUACAAGACAGCUCAGCGUUGCAUGUGCAAACUCUUAGCCAUGAAUAGUGCUUUGAAAAUAUUGGCCAAUGCUGUGGCUCNUAAAAAACCUCAUUAAUGUCUCUGCUCCUUUAUGAUGCAUGUUAAAGGCGAAGUGACUUACUUAUAAAACCAAUAAUGACAACUUGGCGAUAAUGGGGGAGCACUGCCUUACGCUAGGUUAGCCUGUGCGACUUCCCGCAAUGGCGUGAGCAAAGAACCUCACUUAUCUCCCCAGCACUACGAGCUGAAUGCAAGACAGCAUGUACUGGAUCGGACAAUAGUAUCGGUUUGCAGGCGACAUUAAACGGCAAUGCAGCCAACAAGCUUGGGGGAAGUCGCUGCGCAGACUUAACCGCACUGCAAGGAGUGUCCCUAGUUUAUUUGAUGGCAUAGCACAAAACAAAGCCCAAACCUCGUCUCCAAAGGGAGGGAGGGAGGGAAAAAUUUUACAUGAAUAGUAUACUGAGCGCUUAAACCUUCAUGAACACUGGAACCCAAGUGAACUCUGAACAGUCUUUCUAGGCUUUUAUAGCUAGACGAAUGUCUGCUGGCAUAGCCAGUAGAAAAGGCUGUACUACAAGACAGCUCAGCGUUGCAUGUGCAAACUCUUAGCCAUGAAUAGUGCUUUGAAAAUAUUGGCCAAUGCUGUGGCUCGUACUAGCCUGCUUAAGACAACAAGGCCAUAAAGUUCUACGCUAGAAUACAAUGCAUCUUAGAGCUCGCUUACCUUGACAACCUGACUACACAAUUGCUUUGUUGAAAAAGAACCGCCAUGAAUGGGUUACUGAUAACUGGCGUCACGUUCCCUUAACUACAUUUUACUGGCGUGACAGUAAAAUUGCUUUUUAUUUAUUGCACAGGACGCCCAAUAAAGUACAAAACACCCAACAGAAAUUAGAGGUUGCAUUCUCGUACCUCAAACGCAAUAGCAAGGGGUUCCAUAUCGGAAGUGAAGUGCUGCUCCAUGUAGAAAGAUAAAAGGCUUGGACAGGCAGUAAUUAUUAAUAAUUUGGGUUCCUUAGCAGUGCUCGAACUUAACAGUUGUCCACUUGUCUUCCCCACUAGUCCUCUGGACAAGCAAAGUUAUCACUCUCUGAGAAAUACGUGUUUUUUUUUUGUAUCAUACCAAAAGGUGCUAAAACGGCCUUGAAACAAACAAAGAAUUGCCAAAGAAAGACAAAUUUUAGAAAAUGAACAGGCAAAAAUGCUGAAUAAAAGUCUGGGUUCUACUCAAGAAACAAAAUGCACUGUGGGAUACAAGAUGGCCGCUUUUGUAAUUAUUUCAUUUUGAAGGUCCUUAUCCAUUUUUCUUUGGUGAAUUAAAACAUGAGCCAAACUAUGUUGAAACGGAAACAAGUACAAGGCCCACUGUACACUUUCUUUGUCCAGAGGAAAGCAAUAGUCUGAUGAUAAAGAAAGUAACACAGCAUCUGAAACACCUGCUUUGACCAAAAAAACAUGCAAGUUACCAGGAGGCAUGGAAGGAAAAUACAAAUGGCCAAGGUUUGAAGAAAGGGAAAACAAAAUGUUCUGCGAGACUUGUAGGGAAUUUCCAAAAAGGAAAAACUUGCAAUACUCCCGAGGAUCGGAACAAAUAAUUUCCAAACAGACAGCCUGAAAGCACAUACAUGUAUCAUGGGGCCAGUGAAGAACAUGCUUUGAUCAACGUUCAAGAAAAUGGAAUUUCUUUUAACACAGCAUAUUACAUGUAAAUUGUAUAUUUAAAACUUCUGUUUUUUAUCUUCCCACAGUCGUGUUCAUUGCAAAGAAAGAAUGGUUUGACCCUUGGAAACACAUACAUGUACAUGAAUAAUCACGCAUGUAAAGAGAUUUCUAAACAUAUCUCUCAUUUCUUCAAGGUAGAUCUCGUAAAUUUGUAUCUAUUAUGGUUGAUGGAGCAACAGAUGUCUCAUGUUUAGAGUUAGAAAUUGUGUAUGCAGGGUUCGAAAUGACAACACAACAGUUGCAAAAAGAAAGCCAGAAAAAAAACUGUAAAAGUUGCAUCUAUAACUGCGAUGAUGUACUUUCAUAUAAUUCUAAUUCACCCCACAGUUCACAUAUAACGAUCUGCUCCCAGUUUGCUUGUAAUUUGUAAGAGUGCUGCACCGGUAUCACAGAGGUCAAGGGUUCGAAUCCUGUACAAGCCUGAAUUUUUUUCAGUCUUUCUUUUUGCAACUGCAAAAAAUUGCGUCUAUAACUGCAAUGAUCUACUUUCCUGUAAUUCUUCACCCCAAAGUUCAAAUAUAUGAUUUUCAUAUAUUUAUUACUUAAUUAUAAAGUUAUUACAAUCCUUAGAAACUAUUUCUGUGCUCAAAAGGAGUGGGAAAGAAAGUCAUGGCAUUGUGAAGGGAUUAAAGGGCAUCCAACACCAAGUGAUGCCAUUAGCUGUGGAGUGUAUAUCAUACAUGUAAAGGUGUGUUUAAAAGUAGACUGGGAAAACAGCUGACAUUUUGCAAUGCAACCACUUGUUUCCCCAUGAAAUGACAUCUAAAAGUGAAUGCUGAAAUUCCAUACUGAUGAUGCAUCAGUACCCGGAUCUCAAUAGUGCUUCUGAUCGGCUGAAGUAAAUUUACCACCCAGUAUGAUCAAUCAGAAGCAUGACCCAGAUCUGGGUAGAGACACAUCACAUAUCAGUGGUGGUGUCACAAAAUGUCAGCUGCUUUCUCAGGCUAGUUCAGAAAAUUAAAUUAUAGAUUUUUAUAUUGUAUCUGUUUCAUAAUUAAAAUCUUACUUUCAGUGCUCUUCUCACUUUUAUUUUAGAGUGCUGAAAUGUAUUGCCAUAAAAAAAAGGACUGAUGGAAGACUUAAAAGUGUCGUUUUGUCUUUGCUGCAGACGGUGGCUCAUGACCUUACCAAUAUUCUGCAUGAGAAUUGAGGCCCUAAGUUGGGGUCGCUGAAAUUACAAAAAAAUAUUCUCUUAAAAUUAUAAAAAAAAAGAAGAAAAGAGAAAAUAAAAAGAGGUGAAGUCCAUAAGUAGUAGUUUUAGGAGAGAGUAGCUCAAGAGACAAAACAUAACUACCCUGUAGACUAUAGGAUAUAGACUGAAGAAUAAACAUAAAAUUAUUUCUUAGAUUACCUGGAUAGCAGGUAAAAAACAAGAUCUUGUACAAUGUAAUUUAAACCUAUCAACAACAGAUAUGAGCAUCAGGAAUGGUGCCUGAAGAAGAUGGAGUUUCAAGACAUGUAGCACAGCCAAACGCGUAGGAAAUCCAUGACAACCCUGUGAGUGGCAGCCACCACACAAAACAGAGGAGAAUAAAAAUUGUUAUGACAUACAUGUACUUAUGGAGAACUAUAAUCCUGUAAGAGAAAUCUAAGAAUUUUCUCAUUAAAGGCAUUCAUCUUUUCAGUUUUAUGUGCACCACAAAAGUGCCAUAGGCUUUGAAGAAAUAAUACCGAAUAACAGUCAAUGUUUGUUCAAAGUUGAUAUCGAUGUUUUAUGUCAUUUUUGUUUCACCAGUGACUUUUAAGUAAGAGAAUUUGUAAGGUUCAUUGAUGACAGGGGAUGUUCCCUUUAAGGUAAGCUUAGAAUUACAUAUGCAUAAAUCAUUUUCAAAGCUAAGUACUCAAAUACGUUUUAUUAGCUAUUAUAAAUUCCAUCAUUACAAGUGAUCUAGUUUGGCCACUGAAAUGCCUAUGAGGACCAGUGCUAAGCAACAACAGAAGUUGAAUAAAUCCUUGUUAAAAGACCUAUCAUACUUCAAUUUCAGAGGUACAUGUAACUUAGUCUUUGCCCAUGGCCAAUUUAUUAAUUCCCUUAACAGUGAGCUCCCGACUAGAGGAGAUCGAGCCAUAAACAGGGCCUUCAUUUUCAUGAUAUUAAUAGUGCAAAAGUGGUAGCGGGACAAGUGACCAUUAACAGACAAUUGUAACACCACAGACCAGUGAUUUGGUGGUCAUUAAAUAACUGCUUGGUGGUUUGGCAGUUGGAUAUAAAACUGUAAAAUGUUUGAAUCCAGGAGUCAUUUGAUAAGUAGGUGGAGCAUGAUCGCCUGCAGGGUGGACAUACACCUGCUGUAUUCCUGAAUAGGACUGUUGUUGACAGUGACUGACAUUUCAGCACCCUGUGUGGUAUUCAUUUUCAGAGAAAAUACUAUCAACUGACAUGAUACAUCUCACUUUGACUCUGGUUAUUGACCUGACUGGUCAAUUAAGUUGCAAUGUUAAAUGUUGUCUGUCAGUCAACAGUCAGGCAAUGAUGUUAUUGGCUAUGAAGACUCGAAUUAAUAUCAUUCAUUUUGUAUAUUUUUUUAUUGUUCAUCAAACUAUCGGUUUUCCAGUCAAUCCAUUCUCUUGUAGUUAGUUUUGCUUGAGUUAUCAAUAAGUUGUUUGUACGGUGCCAGUAACUGUUGACUACAUGUACGAUUCAGUGACAUGAGUCCCAGUUGAUUUCAUGUUUAGUCUGAAAAAGGUACAUUUAAAAAAGGGAUUGUGUUAUUAAUGUUUGUUUGUUUUGUUUUCCUAAGUACUUUUUAAUACUACAUGUAUAUGAAACUAAAAUGUGUUACUCACAUGUUUGCAACUUCAUCACAAACAAAAAUAUUUUCCUGUGUAUUCAAAGGCUCAACAGUCAAGAUUAACUUUUCCUUACAAAGGGAAGUCUAUAGCACACUGUUUUGAUUUUGUCCUUUGGGUUCAUUCCCAGUGUAUGAAUUGCAUGACAUUCUAUAGGACUCUGGGAAGAUUUCUCAGUCUUGAGAGUCAAAAUCAAGUCCGCCUUCCUUGGGGUUGGUGGGAGGUUAGUCUUAAGCUCAUUCCAAUUGGAAAUUACCUUUUUUCUUUAAAGGUGGUUUAUUUUAGUAAAAAAAGCACUUUAUUUGAGUGUCAAUGUAUUUAGCAUGAAAGUGCUAAUUGGGGACCCUAUUUUUAUGUCUCCUGCUGGAGACGGACGGCCAUUUUACAUGGUCAUCAGAGCAAUGUGAAGCUAUUUGCAGGGCAAAGGCAGUACCUUCAUUUCUCAGUCAUGUUAAGACCCUGAGUGUUGGUCUGGUCCCAGGAAUCAAACCUGCGACCUCCCGCUCUGUAGUCAAGCACUCUUACUGAGCUAAUCCUGUUGUGGUGUAGUAAUACAAUAAUUCAUUUUAUUUCAGAGGGAAGUGCGAUGUGAAUUUGGUGAAAUGGACCAAAAAGGUGAGUUACUGUGUAUGGAGCUAUUUUCAUGAUAACGGAAAGACUUUCAUUGUGGAAUGAGUCCAUAUUAGUUUUGUUUACAAGAUACUGAACAACAUUCCAUUCUUGUGUACAAGUAAUUGCACUUUGCACAAAUGAUGUCACAAUUUCUAGUCCCUGAACCAACAUUGAACCAACCUGAUCAGUAUAAGAGUUUUGUAUGGGAAAGUCACAUUUGCCAACAAUUUAUCGUUGUCUUUGAAGAUUUUUAUUGUUAAAAGAAGCAAAAUUCAACUUGGUUUCAAUAACAUAUAUCUAAGGUGACAAAACCUAUUUUACAUGUAAGUAAUAUUUCAAAGUGCUAUUCCACAAUGAGUCCAUUCCACUUUUCAAUGACAAAUGAAAUUCUUAUUCUGGCUCACACAGCAUUUUUUCUUUUCCCUAUUAUUUUUGCGGCUCCAUUUAUUGUUUUUUCACGGUAUGCAUUUCUUUUUAGUUCUGCUUUGUGGUUAGCCAUGUUUUAUCUACAGCUGUAGCUCUGUGAUUUCUCCACUGUUACACCCUUAA